GCACUGCAGGCGCGUGCGUGUGCGCGAGUGUGACUUUACAGUCAAGCGACCGCGGGAAAAUUCCAAAAAGUAAAAAAAAAACCAAACCAGUCCGAGGCAAAGCCAAAUUUUAAAGCCACAGAAUUCGGGCGGUGGCGUCCUUUCCGCCACUGCCUCAACUGCUGAAGCAGCUCCGGCGCAGACUACUGGUACCACCAUUUAUCCAACAAAUUCUCUUACCUGUGAAGAACAAAGUGGAAGAUGGAUGAUAAUUUAGAUUUUUGGAUUUAACUGUUGAAGUUACUAUUUUAGGACUCCAGGAAAUAAACAUAAUCUCCAUAUUUAGAGAUGGCCUAAGAACUGCAUAGUAGGUGUUCAGAUUUGAUGUGUGUUCACUAUCUUCUUCAGUGCUUGACAUGCCACUGUGAAGGUCCGUCACUUUUGCCCUUUUUUUGAGAUGGCUCAAGAUUCAGCAGGCCUUUCUUCUGAUUAUCAGUUUUGGAUUUGGAAGCUUUCUGUAUGGGGCCAGGCCUUCACUUUGGAAACCCAGGAAGACAUCUGCCGCCACAUACAUCAGUUCCAGGAGUUCCUGAGGCAGAUAUAUGAAGCCUUGAAAGAGAUGGAUUCAAGUAUAGUCAUUGAAAGAUUGCCCACAAUUGGUCAACUGUUGGCAAAAACUUGCUGGAAUCCUUUUAUCUUAGCAUAUGAUGAAAGCCAAAAAAUUAUAAUAUGGUGCUUAUGUUGUCUGAUUAAAAAAGAACCACGGAAUUCUGGAGAAUUGAAACUUAACUCCUGGGCACGGGGGUUGUUAUCUCAUACACUUUCAGCAUUCAGAUUUGAUAUAAAAGAAGUUGGUCUUUUUACUCAAAGUCUUGGGUAUACAUCUGCAGAUUACUAUCCUCGUUUGCUCAAAAAUAUGGUUUUAUCAUUAGUGUCUGAACUCAGAGAGAAUCAUGUUAAUGGAUUUAACACUCAAAGGCGAAUUACUCCUGAACGAGUAAGGUCCCUAUCACGAGUUUGUGUCCCACUUGUUACUCUGCCGGAUUUUGAACCACUGAUAGAAGCCCUGCUCACCUACCAUGGAACUGAACCUCAGGAAAAGCUCUGGCCUGAGUUCUUUGAUGCUGUGAAUGAGGCCUUUUUGCUGAAGAAGAUUUCUCUCCCCAAGUCAGCUAUAGUCUGCCUCUGGCUACGACACCUUCCCAGCCUUGAAAAAGCAAUGCUGCAUCUUUUUGAAAAGCUAAUCUUCAGUGAGAGAAAUUUUCUGAGAAGGAUCGAAUGCUUUAUGAAAGAUUCAUUGCUGCCUGAAGCAGCCUGUCACCCUGCCAUAUUCAGAAUAGUUGAUGAAAUGUUCAGGUAUGCACUCCUGGGAACUGAUGGAGCCCCAGAAGUACUAGCCACCAUUCAAAUAUUUACAUUGUGCUUUGUAGAAGCUCUGAAAAAAGAAAACAACCAGCUGAAGUUUACACUCAAGACCUACUUUCCUUACGCUUCUCCAUCUCUUGUCACGGUGCUAAUCCAACACCCAAAAGAUAUCCCACAGGGACUGUGGCACCAGCCACUGAAACGUAUUUCUGAAAUGCUCAGAGAAGUAGUGGAAGACCAGACUCCCAGGUCCUCCAGAGGCCCCUUUGAGAGCUGGUUUUUGUUCAUUCACUUUGGAGGAUGGGCAGAGAUGGUGGCUGAGCAGCUACUGAUGUCAGAAGCUGAACCCCCUGAGGCCUUGCUGUGGCUCUUGGCAUUCAGCUACAGCCCAUGUGAUGGGAGUCAGCGGAGAGCACAGACCAUGGAAGAGGUGAAAGUGGUGCUCGGCCACCUCAUGAAGCUGCUCAGAAGUCCGACCCUCUCAGCCAGGGAUCUGCAGGCAGCCACUGGAGAGAGCCAAGGUGGAAACCCCAGGCCACCUGCCUGCAGACGGCUCAUCAGGCACCUUCUCCUGAACUUCAUACUCUGGGCUCCUGGAGGCCACGCAGUUGCCUGGGAAGUCAUCAGCCUCAUGGCUCAGACCGAUGAGAUGACCCAUGAGAUUAUCAGCUUUCUUGACCAGACCUUGUACAGAUGGGAUCAUCUUUGCAUGGAAGCCCCAGCAUCAAGGAAACUGGCCAGAGAGCUCCUUACGGAGCUGCUUGUGAGAGUUGAGCACAGGCCUGUUGGCCAUGUAGCUGCCAUACAGCCUGGGCUCACUGGGGCCACAGGCUGAAAUGAUGGGCCUGCUUCUUUGUGGAAUGGGUACCCUCUGUGAGUAGUGACAAUAAGCCAUAAAUAUCUUGGCAAGUUCUGGUGGUGCCUAUUUUACAAAGUGAGAAAACAGGUACUUUAGCUCACAGUCAGGCUACUGACUGGAUUUUACGCCUUCAACCUUCUCUCUACCUACUCAGCCUGGGUGUCAAUUAGAGAAUCAUGGGAGAAAAGGCUCAGAUGGGAGAACAGAUUUUUCCUUCUUUUUUUCCCCUUACUGAACCAAGAUGCAUGACUGUUAUUUGAAUGUUUCAAAGUCUUUGGACCCAGAAAUUGGUCAUGAGCCACUGGUCAGUUUAGAAAGUAACUUAGCCCUUUUCCACAGAUCUGUUUUUUAGAUGUCAGGUCAUUGGUAUUGGUGUUUCUUUUAAUCCAUAGGGAUUUAAGAUCAAGCCACACUUUCUUGCUUUCCUAAGAAAUUGUUCCGAAAGGAGAGUUUCCCUUGGGCAGCCCCUGAGCAAGCUGGGGAAGGAAGCAAGCAGCAGUGCAGGGACCAGUGGUCAGCGGGGCACGGGUGCCAAUGCGGCCGUGGAGCCAGCACUGCCUGGGAGUGGAGCCAGGGCUGGGGCUGCCUCUCUGCUUUCGUUUGCUGAACACUGGCUGCUACUGAAGGAGCGCACACUGCCUCGGAGGUGGCUGAAGGGGAUCUAGGCCAUAUUCUAGAAACAUUAGAAAACAUUAUGUAUCAAUCGUUUUGUUAAGUGAAAUGGAAGUGCACAUUUCUAAUAAAUAAUCGGUAACCCCAA